AUGACGUCGAACGCAUCCGCGAACAGUCUUGCGCGUUGGAUCCAAGAAAACCGCUUUGCGGUGGUAGCCGUUGCUGCGACGGCGGCCGUGGCCAGUGCUGCUGGUGCAUACUACCUGUCAGGCACUCGUUCUGUGGCAAAGGAUUCUUCCAGCACGAAGACAGCAUCGAGCAGCAGCUCGAAGAAGAAGCGCUCCAAGAAGUCGAAGAAGGCAAAGUCAAGUGCCUCGACCACGUCGGAUGGCCCGCUUCUUGACGAUGCGAGUGACGAAUCACUUGCGAACCUGAGCGAAGCGGAGAUCAAGCGUUUGCCGCAGGAGCGUCGCGAGGCUGUGGCGCAGUACCUCAAGGGCCUGGGCAACAAGGCGUACACGGACAAGAAGUAUGAAGAUGCUAUUGCCAAGUAUACCAAGGCGAUUGCUGCCGCACCAUCGGCCGUGUUCUUUAGCAACCGUGCUGCGUGCUACUCGAACCUGGGUCGCCCGGAGAAGGUGAUCGAGGACUGCAACGAAGCGCUGAAGCUGGAGCAUGCAUACGUCAAGGCGCUGAACCGCCGUGCUGUGGCGACCGAGCAGCUGGGCGAGAAGGCGGAGGAGCCGGGCGAGGAAGGCGACAAGGCUCGCGCUUAUCUCACGCAGAGUCUCUCUGACUUUACGGCCGUGGCCAUUCUGGGUCAGUUCCGUGAUUCGAAUGCCACCUCGAGUGUCGAGCGUGUGCUGAAGAAGCUGGCAUCUGGCAAGGCGAAGCAGAUUAUGGCGACGCGUGAGCCGCGUCUGCCAAGCCCGACGUUUGUGACGGCGUACUUUGAGGCGUUCCGUCCUUCGUCGCCGCCCAAGAUCCACGACGAUGCAUCGCAGGGUGACAAGACGUUGCAGAAGGCCUUUGAGGCGCAGGCUGCACGCAACUACACGCAUUCGUUCACGCUGGUGAGCGAGGCAAUUGAGCAGGGUCUCUCGACCAAGGAGCUGGAGGCCACAGCGCUCAACCUGCGUGGCACGUACUACUUCGUGAUUGGCCUUGCGCAGCGUGCGUUGGACGACUUGGACCGUAGCACGGAGCUGUGUGACGACUAUGUGCAGAGCUGGGUCAAGAAGGCGAGUGUGCAUAUGGAGCUGGGCGACAAGGAUGCCGCGUUCAAGGACUUUGAGAAGGCCAUUGCCAUCCAGCCAGAGGACCCUGACAUUUACUACCACCGUGGCCAGGUCAACUUUAUUCUGGGCGACUUUGACGCGGCGAUUGCCGACUACGAGAAGUCGACGUCGCUGGACGACAAGUUCAUUUUCUCCCAGGUGCAGCACGCCGUGGCGAACUACAAGCUGGGCAACAUUGCGCGCAGCACAGCAGCGUUCCGUCGUAUCCUCAAGACGUUCGAGAACGCGCCGGAGUCGUACAACUACUACGGUGAGCUGCUCCUCGACCAGCAGCGCCAUGAAGACGCUGUGGCGAACUUCGACAAGAGUAUCGCCCUGGAGCGUGCCAAGCCCAACAGCACGAAUGUGCUCCCGAUGAUCAACAAGGCCCUGGUGCUCUUCCAGUGGAAGCAGGAUCUCACGGGUGCCGAGCAGUUGUGCCGUGAUGCGCUGAAGAUCGACCCUGAAUGCGAUGUGGCCGUCGCGACGCUGGCGCAGCUGAGCCUGCAGCAGAGCAAGAUUCCCGAGGCGAUUGAGUACUUCCGUCGCUCGGCGGAGAUUGCACGCACAGAGCCUGAGCUUAUCAAUGCGAUCACGUACGAGUACGCCUCGCGCGCGCAGCUGCAGUUCAUCCGCGACUACCCUGAGCAAGGUGCGGCUCUGAGCCAGAUGGCCAGCUCUCUUAUGUAA